GCCCGCCCUCCCCCCGGCCCGCCCCGGGAACGGGGUUUGUAGUCGUGGACGUGACUGGGAGGAGUCUGCCCGCCUCGGAUUUCCGCACAGGGAGCCGGGCCGCGACCAUGGCGGAGCCCACGGUGUGCUCGUUCCUCACCAAGGUGCUGUGCGCCCACGGCGGCCGCAUGUUCCUGCAGGAUCUGCGCGGCCACGUGGAGCUCUCGGAGGCCCGGCUGCGGGACGUGCUGCGCCAGGCCGGGCCCGACCGCUUCCUGCUGCAGGAGGUGGAGGUGCGGGAGGACCCGUGGGACGCCGAGGCCGAGGUGGCGGCCGGCGAGGGCGGCACGGGUGGCGGCGGCGGCCCCUCGGCCUGGCGGGUGGUGGCUGUGUCCUCCGCGCGCCUCUGCGCUCGCUACCAGCGCGGCGAGUGCCAGGCCUGCGACCAGCUGCACCUCUGCCGCCGCCACAUGAUGGGCAAGUGCCCGAACCGCGACUGCUGGUCUACCUGCACCCUUUCUCAUGAUAUCCACAUACCUGUCAACAUCCAAGUCCUGAAAAACCAGGGACUGUUUGGUCUCAAUGAGGCCCAGCUUCGGAUCCUUCUUUUACAGAAUGACCCCUGCCUUUUACCAGAGGUCUGUUUGCUCUACAACAAAGGUGAAGCCCUGUAUGGUUACUGCAACCUCAAGGAUAAAUGCAACAAGUUUCACGUGUGCAAGUCCUUUGUCAGGGGAGAGUGCAGGCUGCCGAAGUGCAAGCGGUCCCAUCAGCUAAUUCACGCUACAUCCCUGCAGCUGCUGCAGGACCAAGGACUGAAUAUUCCAAGUGUCGUUAAUUUUCAGAUAAUUGCUACCUACAAGCACAUGAAGCUGCACAAGAUGCUUGAAAAUAAAGAUAAUUCAGCUUCUUCUGCUGAGCAUUCCCAGGGCCUUGAGAAACGAGGAGUACAUGUAGCUAGGGCUGCAGAGGCCGGUCCUCUGGUCUCUGGCCCUGCUGAGUCAGCCAAGAAGCCAUGUGCAGGUAAACCUUAGAGGACGUCGGUGAAAUAAGAAGAACGUUGUCCAAUUGGAAGGUCUGAAAACAAAGCUUCUGUUGAGAUUUAAUUUGUAACCAUUCAUUCAUUUAAUCGUUUAUUAAUAAUAGCCAUAAUGAUACCUACCUCACAGGUUGUGGUGAGAAUUAAAGAAGAUGCAAAAGGAGAAAAUGCCAGAUUGGGAGGAUAAUAUUGGGGGUGGGUGGUUGAGGAUGAGGUUAGACAUCGAACAGGCAAAGGGAGAGUAAAACCUGAGAGUAGAUGAGGUCAGUCCUGGGCAAAUCCUGCGGUUCCUGAGAGCUUUCCCUGGGCUGGCCGGCCAGAGCUCUUAAAGAGGCAGGCUCCUGCUGACUUGUUCUGGGACCCAGCCAAGUGCUUUUCUGUAUGCCCAUAUACAUAGUUUACGUUGUGGUAUUCAGGGACUACAUACACUUUAUGCUCUUUUUUUUUUUUUUUUUUUGCUUAAUAUUCUAUAAACAUCUCUCCAUAUUUGUUCACAUUUAUCAUGCAUAAUCAUUUUCAUGCACAGAGACACUAAUAUAUCAUUGUUUGCUUAACUAGUUCCAUUAUUCUGGGAUAUUUUGAUUCUUUCUAACAAAUUUUGAAUAUAACUCUUUUCUUAAAAUCCACACAAUAUUAAAUUUUUAUGUUAUUCUUUACUUUUGCUUCACUUAUAGUUGCUGAAUGAUACUCUUGAUUUUCAUUUCUUUAAAAAUACAUGCGGGGCUUCCCUGGUGGCGCAGUGGUUGAGA